CGCCGACGUCGUCGCACUCGAGCGAGAUGGUGAUCAAGGUGGGCGACACCUUCCCCGCGGUCCAGCUGGACAAGGACUUCCCCCCCGACUUCAAGGUCGACAUGACGUCGCGCCUGGCGGGAAAGAAGACGAUCGUCGUCGGCCUCCCCGGCGCGUUCACUCCCACCUGAUCCACGUGCCAGGUCCCGGGCUACCUCGCGGGGCAAGACGCGCUCAAGGCGGCCGGGAUCGACGAAGUUUUGGUGUACUGCGUCAACGACGCGGCGGUGAUGUCCGCGUGGGCGGAUCACAUGAAGAUCGCGGGAAGCAACCUCACGUUCCUGUGCGAUCCUCGCCUCGAGCUCACGAAAGCGCUCGGGCUCGAGCUUAAUCACCCGGGGCCGAUGUCCAAGCUCGGGAACACGCGCUGCAAGCGCUUCGCCGCGUACGUCGUCGACGGCGUCGUGAAACACAUCGAGGUCAGCGAGGCGGAGGACGACCCCGCGGGCGACGAUCGCCCGGAGGCGUCGUGCAUCGACAACAUGCUCGCGAAGAUCGCGGCGCUCUAAUCGCGUCCCUCGAUGAUUAAUUCAUUCAUCCGGGGGGACAGCAUUAGAAUUCAUUCCUUCGUCGAGCAGCCCGGACGAGCGACGAAACUUCCCGCGACCGGGCGUUAACCACCCGCGGCGUUAUGACGCCUCACGGAAGAAGGGACGAUACUCCCAUCCGUGAGCGCCGACAACUCGCCGCGGGGGUCGACGACGUGCCCGGCCGCUAGGACGCUUCACCGCGCUCGGUAGAAUACGCGACGCUUUUUACGACUGGACGCGACGCGUCUUUGCGCGUUUGUGUAAUACAAGUACGAAAACGUCGAACGUCGUC